AUGUCCGACUUCACCGACCUGCGUCAGCAAAUCCUCGACAACUAUUUCUUUCAAGCUUCCCACGAGAGCGACCCUUACAUCAUGAUUGCCAAAAUCUCCACAACUGACUUCCAAGCUUGGGUCAUCGACAAGUCGUUCAACAACAAUGACAGAGUAGCUGGAAUGGCUGGGUCUGAUCCCGAAGCCGCCCUCCACAAUCUUCUUGUCAGGACUUGUGAACGCGCUGCGGUUGUCCUCAUUGAUGAGUCUAAUCGUGGGUCUGGAUCUACGUCUGAUGCGGGUGCUUGA